AUGGGGAAAAAUCAAGCCUACAAAGCUAUGCAGAGAGCUAGGCUUGGCGGUGCCUCCGGCGGCCCCGACGAGGUUGAAGAUGGCAUGGUGGAUGGUUCAUUUCAUUCUCCAGAGUGGCAUGCUGCCCGUUUGGCUAGCCUCAAAACCUCUCACACGAUCACCUGGGAAGAGUAUAAAAAGAAACAAAAGGAAGAAGAACUGAAAAAGGGGGAGCUGGAAGCAGAUGCAGAUAGGAUGAUGAGGGAGUACAGGGCUCAACUAGAUGCAGAAAGGGCUCUGAAACUUUCCCAGGGAAGAAAUCACUCUAGUAGUAAGUCUAAACAUUCAAAAGAUAAAAGGGACAAAAUUUCGAAGAAGCAUAGCAGCAAAAAACGAAAGCAUUCAAGAAGAUCUUCCCCAUCAAGCUCCUCAUACUCAUACUCUUCCGGUAGUGAAGAUGACGAAAGAUCGUCAAAAAGAUCCAAGUCUAGGUCUAAGCGAUCAAAGAAGGAGAAGAAGUACAAGUCAAAAAGCAAGGAUUCUGGAUUCGUUAGUGAAGAUAGUGGCGGACCAGUUCCUCUAUCAAAAUUCUUUGGGACAUCAAGAGUUGAUAGUGGUUAA